CCUGUAUGGUCCAUGGUGUCCGCGAGCGCAUCGAUCCAACCAUUUAAAGCUGCUUCACGUUUCUAUGAGUAUUAGUUAAGUUCGGAGUUUAAGCGGUCUUCCUAUUUGCCGGCCAUGCAAGUGCCGGAGCAGGACCUGAUGAGCCCUGGCGGCGCUUCGUCGUCGCUGUUGUUCCCCACCUCCUCGCUGCCACGCGAGGGUCGGAUGAUCACCGUGCUGAGCAUCGACGGCGGCGGCGUGCGCGGGAUCAUCCCCGGCACCAUCCUCGCUUUCCUCGAACAAAAACUCCAGGAGAUUGAUGGGUCGCCGGACGCGAGGAUCGCGGAUUACUUCGACGUGGUCGCCGGAACGAGCACCGGUGGUCUGGUGGCCACCAUGCUCACCGCGCCCAACACCCAGCGCCGCCCGCUCUACGCCGCCAAGGACAUCAAUAAAUUUUACCUCGAGCACUGCCCGAAUAUCUUCCCUGCCGUCUGCAAAGGGCUGGGCUUAUUCAAGAGCAUGAUGGGACCCAAGUACAGUGGCCAGCACCUGCACUCAAUCCUGAAGAAGCAGCUCGGUGACACACGAAUCAGUCAGACACUCAAGAGCAUCGUCAUCCCCACUUUCGACAUCAAGCUCCUUCAACCUAUCAUCUUCUCAACCUACGACGCCAAGAAGGAUGUCUCCAAGGAUGCUCUUCUGUCGGAUGUCUGCAUCAGCACGUCCGCCGCUCCAACCUACCUCCCCGGGCACCAUUUCAAGACCAAGGACAAAGACGGCAAGACCCGGGCCUUUAACCUCAUCGACGGGGGUGUCGCAGCCAACAAUCCGACCCUUGUGGCGAUCACCCACGUAAGCAAGCAGAUCAUAAAGAAGAAACAGAAUCUCGGUAAGUUCAUGGUCCUCUCGCUGGGCACUGGCACCGCCAAGGUCAAAGAGAACUUCGACGCUGCCGAGUGCAGCAAGUGGGGCCUUCUCGGGUGGCUCUAUAACGGGGGCACCACGCCGAUCAUCGACAGCUUCUGCCAGGCCAGCGCCGACCUCGUCGAUAUCCAGGCAUCCGUGCUUUUCGAGGCGCUACAGUGCGACAUGCACUACUUGCGGAUCCAGGAUGAGCUCCCGGGCGAAACGGCCUCCGUGGACGUGUCCACGACAGAGAACCUCAAAAGGCUCAUUGAUGUUGGCAAGGCAUUGCUGAAGAAGCAGGCGUGCAAGGUGGACAUCGAGACAGGCAAGAACAAGGACGACCUAGAGAGGGGCACCAACGAGGAAGAACUUACCCAUUUCGCCCGCAUGUUGUCGCACGAGCGCAAAGCCAGACUUGGGGAGGCGGGUCUCAAAACUUAGAUAUGACUCUAAGAAUAUCGGCCCGGUUUGAAUUUGAUGGCCUACGCCAUCAAGCGCUCUGUAUGCAAGCAAUGAUUUAUCUGAUAUUUGUUGUGCGUGCUUUAAAUAAAGAUUGUGAAUCUCGUCACAUCAGCGAGGUUGCAUUGCAAUAUAAACUAGUAGGGUGGCCUAAUGCAUGGUUAGAUUUGUCACGUUUUGAAACACUUUUAUUUUUUAUUUGUUUUACACUAAUUUUGUGGCAUUAGUUGCCAUUCAGUACACAUACCUA